AUGCUCGCUCAAGGCCGACUAAUCUCUGGAAUCAUUGUACUCAAUGCGAAGUACUUUCCUUCCUCUCAAAACUCCGCUGCUAAAGUUGGAGCAACCUCAUUUGCCUUCUCUGUUAUAGAGGUCCUUCAAGACUAUGAUGCUUUUCGUGGAGUAAUACUCUAUGAACGAGUGGAAGAUAUCAACUUUCCUGUAAUCACCCCCGAGAUACGCAACUCCAUUCCAUGUGUUCGGUUAUCAUUCAACUUUGGAAUGGCUAUUUCCAUGGUUCAAAAUCAACUCAGCGCCGCUGCCAAGAUACUCUCAGGUUAUCAGGAUGGCUCUGGCUCAAGUAUGCUUUACUAUCAGACCGAUACCCUCCUAGUGUAUCAUCCUAAAUGGCUCCCGGGAUGUGUGACUCAUCAUGGCCCAUUCUACAAAGACUUCACGAAAUAUUUCUCCCCUGAACUUGCCGCUAAAGCUUUCCAAGGCUUCGAAAAGGCCCAGCACCUAAAGCUUCAGCAGGAAUUGAACAUUGAUCAUCUCGUCCACAGCAACAAUAUAUUCGUACUCCAACACUCCCAACUCCAGAGAAACUAUCUGAUUCAACGCGGCGUGGAUCCUUCCCGUCUCCGCUCCUUGAGUCCCCCCAUCUCUGUCAAAAAACACACCAACCACACUCGAAGCAACAUCCACAAACCAAGUCUCCUAUCCCUCUUCUCUGAUCCCUGCCGCACCCUCAUCUUCACCGCUGUCGCACGAAUCGACUUUUUCAAAAACGUCGACCUCAUCAUCGAAUCGGGCGUCGAGAUGCUACAAAAGGGACUCCUAGUCAAUAUCCUCAUCGUAGGCGGCGAUAUCCACGACGAGCAGCUCCGUUUGCAACUCCUCGAUGCUGUGCCUCGUGCCUACUUACCCUACUUCAUGACGAUUCCUAAAUUACCCAAGAACGAAUUAUACACUUUGUUGGGGGAUGCGAGAGACAAUGGUAUUUUCGUCUGUUCUUCCCGUUUUGAAACGCUGGGGAUUACUCCUCUAGAGGCAGCAAUCAAAGGCGUCACCACCCUCAUCACCGACUCCCCCCUCGUCGAAGCCUCAAACUACUUCCCCGCCACCUACCGCUUCGGCACCACAUCAAGCGAUCUCGCAGAAACAGUAGAGCGAAUCCUCACAACUGGACCAUCGGUUUCCGAGAAAGGCGAAUACCUUAAACGGGUAAUGGGUAAGACCAUCUCGGGAGAUGUGUUUAGAAAGAAUCUGGUGAAGGCCUGGAGUGAGAUUUCGUUGAUGGUGGAGGGAGAGAGGGGGUUGGGGUUGGGGUUGGGGAUGGGGGUGGAAGAGUAUGUGUGA